UACAAAAAUGGUGGAGAUUACACUGGAAACUGUGAAGCUGCACAACAAACCAAGUGACCUCUGGGUUGUUAUAGAAAAUAAGGUUUACGACUUGACCAAGUUUCGAAGCGAGCAUCCGGGAGGAGAGGAGUCUCUCGACGAAGUGGCAGGUCGGGAUGGUACUAAAGAUUUUAUUGACGUGGGUCAUAGUCAGGAGGCCAGGGAGAUAAUGAAGAAGUAUUAUGUUGGUGAUUUGGCAGCAAAGGACUGCAAGUGCAAUCUUCCGCUCAGGUAA